UGAUAGAUUGCUUCUGAUCAUGCUAAAUCGACAUCUACAUGACUUUCUUGACUGUUGAAAAGUGUACUUCUAGUCUGACAUAUGUGCAUGGUUAAUUUGACUCUGUACUGGAUUUUGCUUCAAAAUUUCUGAAUUAGGCCUGUUUUGAACUUGAAUCAAGGUAGCCAGAAUUCGAGGAUUUGGAUACCUUAGUUUGAUCUGAUUUUCACUGCCCUGACCUGACCUGAAUUGAUUUUUUUAUUCGUAAACAAAUUGGUUGUCAAAAGACAUAAAUAUGAAUAUGACCUGAACUUGUUCUAAACCAAACCAAAAUAAACUGAAUCUUUUUGGAGGGGUGUUGGACUAUGUUAUUUUUGAAGUUUUGUUUUAAAAAAAGGUCACUAUGCCAUAAAAAGAGGCAACUACUUUGGUUUCUUUUGUUUAUCUUUUCGUAUGUCUUGUUACAGGGUGCAACAAGGAUUUUCAUUCGAUUUGGAUUAGAUUUUAUUCCUAUGGUGAGAACUAGAGGUGGUGCUACUUUUAAAAAAAGGAGAGGCCUUCGUAGCUCAACAGGAGGAGUUAAAUUGAAAGAUACAGGAGCAUGUAUCAAUCUCGAUCAUGAAGAUGAAGAGCAUAUUGAUGGUGGAAGCAAAAUGAUCGAUGAUGAUACUAACAGAGAUAAAGAUGCUUGUAUUGAAAAAGGAUUGAAAAAGAAAGCUAUCACUAAGAAAAAGAAACCUUCUAACAUUGAGAAUGCUAUACCUUUGUCAACUGUGAUGAAAGGAAAGAAGGGGAAUGAGUCUUCUUCUUCACAUGCUAUUGUUUUGCCAGCUAAGAAGAGAAAGUUGGAUGAAAAUGAAGGUCUUAAAGUGAAGAAAGUGAAGGCAAAUAAUGAUAAGAACAUUGUGAUUCAUAGGCAAGAAUCUGCAAUCAUAGAUAGUGAUGUACAUAUGGUGCAACGAGGAUUUAAAACACGUUGCAGGCCAUUUCAUUUAGUAGAGAUGAUUAAAACUUUUUCAGAUGAUCAAAUCAAGGCUGUUAAAGAAAUUGGCUUUGGAGGUUUGUUAUCUUUGAAGGUGAAACGAACUGCAACUGAUAUGCUAUCAUGGUUGGUAGAUUGUUUUGAUCAUGGUAGCUGCAUGUUUACUAUUGAUGGUAAAAAAGAUUUUGUUGUGACUGAAUUUGAUGUGUAUGAUGUUUUUUGCCUUCCUUGCAAAACAUCUAAGAAAGUUGAAGAAAUUUCUCGUUGUGCUAAUGUCAUCAACCCUGAUUAUGAUUUAAAGGUUAAAUGGAGGUCUCAUUUUGGUCUUAUGGGUGAGAAUGAUCAGAUUCCUUUGGGUUUUUUGGAAUCUAAGAUCCCUUUACUAGUAGAUGGCGGGGAAGAAUUCAGACAGCUUUUUAUCAUGCAUGCUUUUUCAAGUUUUUUAGCACCUACGUCCAACAGAACUGUGGAUUUGAGAAUUGUAAAAUGUUUGGUUGAUGUUAAUCAAAUAAGAAUUUAUAAUUGGUCAAAAUAUGUCUUAGAUAGACUUUGUGAAGCCGUGAAGAGCUACAAAGAAGGAAAUAUAGAAUGGUUUUGUGGUUGUGUUUUGAUGUUAGAGAUUAUCUAUUUUCAUCGAUUGAGGUUUAGGAAUGUUGUGUUAAAUUCUACAAUACCUUUAAUUCAACAUUGGACUGAUGUGGAUAUAAGAGAUAGAAUUAGAAAUGAAAAGUUGUCCAAGGGUUUUGGGUGUGGAAUUCUUGAGUUUGAUACAUAUCCAGUGAGUGAGAAGUUGCAAUUUGAGGAUGGACAAGUUGUUUGUAAUCAAUUCAAGGAAGCUCCUGUGAAUCAAACUUCUGGAAAAGAAUCUGUUGUUUAUGAAGGUGUCCGUAGCAAUGUUAAGGGUGUUAUUCAGUUUGAGCUACCUGCCAGUUCAAUGUCUAAUGAGGAAAUCCGUUCAAUUGCUAUUGAUGAAGUUUAUGAGAAGUUUUUGCUCAUGAAAAGAGAUUUAGAAGUGGUAUCUAACUUCUACAUGAAUGAGUUGAAAGUGUUAUUUCAGACUCGUAAAUCUAAUGAUGCUUCAACUUCGACACCUCCAAUGUCCCAAACUGAUUUAUUCUUUAUGAAUCCUCGUGUUCAUGAAAUUGUUGAUGAGAUUGUGUCUCUUGUAAAUUGGGUAAGCAAAGUGCCUAAUGGUUUGGAUGAUGAUGAUAUUGAUGAUAAUGGUGCACCUGCAAAAGAGAUUAAUGUUGUAGUUGGUGAGGUUCCAAGGAUAGGUUUUGAGCAUGUUUUGAGUAAUGGAAAAUCUAAAUGCUCCCUUGCUAUGGAUGUUAGUCUCUUUGGUGAUAAAGUUACAUAUGUAACUGAAUAUAUGAAGUCAAGUAAUAAGGAUAUGAAGGUUUUGGAUGCAGUUGUCCAGGAACUUGUUGACUACUGCAUUAGUGAUUAUCAUGGUUUCGAUCUCAAUGAGGUGUUGGUAUCUUUUGGCAAACCAUUUGAGAUUACAAGGAAUGAAUUCCUUUCAUUAGGUGCACCGGCUAUUGCUAUAUCUUCUGUUAUUAUUGAUUGUUGGGCUAUGUUGCUUAAUGAAAACCAGAAGAGUAGUGCACAUGGACCUCAAAAAACUAUAUUUUGGUGUUUCUCAAAGUUCACUAUGAUUCAUAAAUUAAUUUCACUAUGCAAUGAAAACAGUCACUAUGUAAUGCAAGCUUUUUUACUGAAAGUUGCAAACACAGAUAGUAACACACAAGACAUUGACAAGCUAUUUGACAUUUGGUCAAGAUGGUUGUUCAUUCCUUGCAAUGAUUUUGAUAUUGCAAAUGUUGAGUUGAUAUUUGUUCCUAUACUCUUGAAUGAGCACUUUUUCCUAAUUGUUGUGAAUUUGAAGGAAGAAAAGCUUCAGUUCAUUGAUAAUAUGAGUUAUGAUACAAAGUACAUGAGUGAGGUUGAGAAGUUCUCUGAUGUUCUGAGUGAUAUGCUGAGUACUUUUCUUGAUCAACGCCUUCCUCAAAGUAAUGACUCAGUGAAGAACAUGAUUGAGUAUACUUUGGAGUCACCUUCUGUAAAUUGGAAGUCUGGAAAACAGAAGAAUAAUGAUAGUGGCAUUUAUACUAUGGUCAGCAUGCUUUACUUUGAUGGAGCUGAUGUGUUCGACUGCGAUGUUUUGAAAACGGUUUCAACUAGACGGACAUUGAGAGCUCAGAUUGCUGCUACUCUGGUAUUAUCUGAUAUGAACAUUGUUAGAGAUGAAGUUCUUGAAAAGCUAUCUGAAUUCAGAUUAAUAAGGAGUCAAGUUGCAAAAGAUGUUUUUGAUGGGAUUAAGAAGAAAACAAAGCAAGGUAAAAAGGAAAAGAAAGUAUAG